GCUCACAACCGCGUCUCCAGCCCCAGGAUUGGUGCGUGAGUAGCCAAUCAGACGGUUGCCCUUGUAAGCCGUUUCCCGGGGAAGACUCCAUUCUUGCACCGGCUUCGCCUUUGAUGAUGCGCUGCAGACCUUAAUCCAAGGAGCUCACAGCACAUGGCUUUCUCCUCUUCUACAUUGUCUUCAGAGUUUCCAUGUGAUGUAGUCUUAAAGUGAAAAGCUAAAGAUACUCCUCAGAUGCUGAAGAUCGUCUCGUUUUUCCAAAUGAGAGGAAGCUGCAAUUCUUCAUAAGAAUCAGAUCAUGGAGGAGAAAAAGGAAUGGAGUGGAUUCCUUUUUCAGAGGAGACUUUCCUCUGGCAGUGCAAGAUGUCAAAACAAGGGCUUUGUAUCAUUUGAAGAGGUGGCUGUGUAUUUCACAGAGGAUGAGUGGGCUUUGCUGGAUCCUGGACAAAGAGCCCUUUACAGAAAAGUGAUGCUGGAGAAUUAUAGGAACGUGGCCUCCCUGGGGUCUUGGAUCUGCAAACCUGACUUAAUUUCCUGGUUGGAGGAAGUGGGUGAGAUGUCUGUCCAAGCCUCUGAGGAAGCAAAGAACUCAACAGCAGGAGAUGAGAGGAAACCAAGGGCCAACUGUGUGGAAAGAUGCAGGGAUGUGAAGGAGAAAAAGGUGUCUCUGAAUAAGGGAAGACUAAAGAGAAGUAAGAGAAGAGGAAACCAGAAGCAGCUGACAAAAUCAUUUGCCUUUCAUGGAAGAAAUCACCAUGAAAUCCCUGUUACAGAAAACUUGCAGAAGGGGGGGAAAAGGAACAAAACCCCUCGGAGUAAGAAAGCAUCAGGCAAAAAAUCCAGUCGUGAGAGACAUCCAAAGCUGUUGACUGAGGAGAAACCAUAUAAAUGCUUGGAGUGUGCAAUGUGCUUUAGAUGGAGAGCAAGCCUUACUCGGCAUGAGAGGGUGCACACGGAGGAAAAGCCAUAUAAAUGCUCAGUGUGUAUGAAGAGCUUUAGAGAGAAAAGAAGCCUUACUCGGCAUCAGAGCAUGCACACGGGGGAGAAGCCAUGUGAAUGCUCGGUGUGUGGGAAGAACUUUUAUCACAUAAUGGACCUCACUCAGCAUCAGAGGGUGCACACAGGAGAGAAACCAUAUAAAUGCCUGGAGUGCAGAAGGAGCUUCAGUCGGAGGGAUAAUUUAAUUUCACACCAAAGGAUUCACACUGGAGAGAAACCAUACAAAUGCUUGGAGUGUGGAAAGAGUCUUAGCUGCAGCAAAAGACUUACUGUUCACCAGAGAAUUCACACAGGGGAGAAACCAUAUAAAUGUUUGGAGUGUGGGAAGAAUUUUGGUUGCUUCAGAUACCUAACUGUUCACCAAAUGACUCACACAGGAGAGAAACCAUAUAAAUGCUUGGAAUGUGGGAAGACGUUUACUCAGAGCGUAGGCCUUACCUAUCACCAUAGACUGCACACAGGGGAGAAACCAUAUAAAUGUCUGGAGUGUGGAAAGUCGUUUAGUCGAAUAGACAAGUUGAAUUGUCAUCGAAGAAUACAUGCAGGGGAGAAAUUGUACAAAUGCUUAUUGUGCGAAAAGAGUUUCACUAGCAAAAGAAACCUGAGUGGUCACCAAUGGGUACACACAGGGGAGAAACUGUAUAAGUGCAUGGAGUGUGAGAAGAGUUUCUCUCACAAAGGAAGUCUCAAGUUUCACGAAAGGUUGCACACAGGAGAGAAACCAUAUCAAUGUUUUGAGUGUGGAAAGAACUUUAGCAAAAAAUCCAGUCGUGAGAGACAUCCAAAGAGUUUGACUGAGGAGAAACCAUAUAAAUGCUUGGAGUGUGCGAAAAGCUUUAGAGAGAGGAGAAGCCUUACUCAGCAUCAGAGGGUGCACACAGGGGAGAAACCAUUUAAAUGCCUGGAAUGUGGAAGGAGCUUCAAUCGGACGUGUAAUUUAAUUUCACACCAAAGGAUUCAUACUGGAGAGAAACCAUAUAAAUGCUUGGAGUGUGGAAAGAGUCUUAGCUGCAGCAAAAGACUUACUAUUCACCAGAGAAUUCACACAGGGGAGAAACCAUAUAAAUGCUUGGAGUGUGGGAAGAAUUUUGGUUGCUUCAGAUACCUAACUGUUCACCAAAGAACUCACACAGGAGAGAAACCAUAUAAAUGCUGGGAAUGUGGGAAGACGUUUACUCAGAGCACAGGUCUUACUUAUCACCAGAGACUCCACACGGGAGAGAAACCAUAUAAAUGUCUGGAGUGUGGAAAGUCAUUUAGUCGAAUGGACAAGUUGAAUUGUCAUCGAAGAAUACAUGCAGGGGAGAAAUUGUACAAAUGCUUAGUGUGCGAAAAGAGUUUCACUGAGAAAACAAACCUAACUGCUCACCAAAGGUUGCACACAGGGGAGAAACCAUAUAAGUGCAUGGAGUGCGGGAAGAGCUUCUCUCUGAAAGGAAGUCUCCAUUCUCACCGAAGGGUACACACAGGAGAGAAACCGUAUAAGUGCAUGAAGUGUGAGAAGAGUUUCUCUCAGAGACGAAGUCUCAAUUCUCACGAAAAGUUGCACACAGGAGAGAAACCAUAUCAGUGUUUUGAGUGUGAAAAGAAUUUUAGUUGCAGCAAGAGUCUUACUGUUCACCAAAGACUCCACACAAAAGAGAAAACAUGUAAAUGAGGAUUAUUUCAGUGAGUCAUUGCUUUCAUAUCAUAACGUCUAUUAUAUUUGGCUGUACAGUAGUGACCACUUUCAUCUUUUCUCACAUUAGAGAGUCCGUCUAAGUGAUAUUAGUCUGUAAUUUAUGCACACACACUAUUAGGAGUGUUGACAAGGUUCAAGGAGACCCAGGUUCAAAUCAGUCUGGCAUGGAAAUUUGUUCAGUGGGUCUUGGGCAAGACCCACACUGUCUGUCUCAUACCACAGGGUUGCUGUGAGAAUAAAAUGGGAGAGAAUGAUUUUAAGCUGUUGUGGGACUCCACUGGAUCACCUUGCAUAAUCCACCUUGAGUCCCUGUGAGAACUUACUAUAAAUACUGUAAAUAAAUUUUAAAAGUAAAAUGAAUAAAUUAUUGUAAGCAGGCUUGAUUUUAGUAAAUUUCUUGAGUAAGCCUGUCACUGCCUGUUUCAGAAAUAUGAGCAAAGUGAAUCUGUGUCUGAGUACCUGCUCUACUUGUCAAAAUGUGAAUGUUUCUUUUUGCUUUUCAAAAAUUCUUUGAUUAAAGCUUGCUUAUGAUUAGAUA